AUGAAUGUUUAUGCGCCACAGUCGGCCUCUUCAAAAAGGGCUCUAUGGGCACACAUUAAAGAUUUAAAGGCAUCUCGUGGAGUUAUUUGGAUUAUUCUGGGAGACUUUAACCAGGUCAGAUCGGUUGAGGAGAAGAGGAACUGUGUCUUUGAUCCUGUCUCUGUCGCGGACUUUAGCUCGUUCAUCUACGAAGUGAAUCUCGCUGAGUACCUCAUGAAUGGGUCAAAAUUCACCAGAUGGCUGGAUGGAGGGAACAAGAUGAGCAAACUAGAUCGUAUGCUAGUUUGUGAUAAAUUUUGGGGGUUAUGGCCAACUGUAACACUUAGGACUCUUCCGAGGAAUCUCUCGGGUCACUGUCCACUUGUCUUUAUCACCACGUCUACCGAUUUUGGUUCGAUACCCUUCAAAUUUUUCAAUGCUUGGCUUUCCAAACCAGGUCUUGAUACAGCUGUACGUUCCACGGUUACUUCUUUCAACUUUUAUGGUCCCCAUGAUGUCUCACUCGCUGAGAAACUCAGAUGCAUUAAGAAGGUUGUUAAAGAGUGGAACAAUAAGACCAAAAAGGAGGAGAAUGUAAGUCUUUCCACUUCGGCUGAGGUAAUAAAAAAACUCGAUCUCUUAUGUGAAAUAAGAGACCUUUCUGAAGCUGAAAAAUCAGAUUACAUGGAGUAUAAAAAUAAUAUAAAUAUGAUCAAUGAUAGUCGGGUCAAUGAACUUCAACAAAAAUCACAGGUCAGGUUUGGCGAUAGAAGGGGAUGA